UAGAGCGACUGCAGGACGCAACAGUACAAUCUUACACUGUGAAAUCUAGACGCAGUGUCACACACUAAAUAAAAGCUACAUUACAGAUGUGCAACCCAAGCUGGACCGGACCGUUUGUUGGAAGUCAUCUAAAUGGAGGACUAACGUAACGUCGCUGGCUGCAGACUCGGACGCUGUCUCUCUGGAUAUGACCGGCUUUCACGGUCGAACAUAGUUGCGCGGGAGAGUCCAGGGCGUGAGCAUCGAUGCGGAAGGUUCGGAGGAGAGGCGGUGUGGCGGGUGGUGGUGGGUUCGGCAGGGGCAGGGGUCGGGGUCGGGGGAGAGGGGGUCACCACUCCCCCGAUGACCCCGACCUGCAGCUGCGGCCCCACUCGCCCUGCCGCCUCAACCUGGCGGUUGCCCGGGAGACGCUGACGUACGCGCAGGCGCAGCGCAUGGUGGAGGUGGAGCUGGACGGACGGCUGCACCGCAUCAACAUCUCGGACGCGCUGCGGGUCGUCACGGACGACGAGAUGACCGCUCAGGACCUGGCCGAGUGCAACAGCAACAAGGAGAACAGCGAGCACACACACGCACACACACACACACACACGGCCACCCAUGCGCACGCACACGCACACGCACACACACACACGGCCAGUCGAGCGCGGCCGGGACGCAAGGGCCGGCGGAGGGAGAGCAAGCACGCGUCCGGUAGCUCCGCCCACUCCACACACUCCGCACACGCGUCCGGCUCCGGCAGGAGCAUGAAGAAAGGCUCGGACGCCUCCACCAAUCGCGCGCCGCCACACGCGCCCCUGCCCCGCCCCACCUUCCGCACGCUGGACGACUUCCUGCCCUCGGAGGCCCCGCCCCUUCCCGUCGGCUACUACCGCUUCAUGGAGCCGUCGGCCGAGGACUCGGACACACACACACACACGCACACGCACACACACACGCACGCGCGCGCCGAGUACGACAUGGACGAGGAGGACGUGGCCUGGCUGGACAUGGUCAACCACAAGCGCGUGUGUGACGGCGUGGCGUCCGUCUCCCCCGACACCUUCGAGCUGCUGAUGGACCGUCUGGAGGCGGAGUCUGUGGCGGAGACGCGUAGCCAGGCGCUGGCGAUGAGCGCGGUGGACGAGGACGCCUACUGCACCGUGUGUCUGGACGACGAGUGCCUCAACAGCAACGUCAUCCUGUUCUGCGACAUGUGCAACCUGGCCGUGCACCAGGAGUGUUACGGCGUCCCCUACGUGCCCGAGGGACCCUGGCUGUGCCGCCGCUGCCUGCAGUCGCCCUCGCGCCCCGUGGACUGCCAGCUCUGCCCCAACCGCGGGGGAGCCUUCAAGCAGACCAGCGACGGGCACUGGGCACACGUCAUCUGCGCCAUCUGGAUCCCCGAGGUGUGUUUUGCCAACACGGUGUUCCUGGAGCCUGUGGAGGGCGUGGACAACAUCCCGGCGGCGCGGUGGAAGCUCACCUGUUACCUGUGCAAGCAGAAGAGUCGUGGCGCUGCCAUCCAGUGCCACCGCGCCAACUGCUACCGCGCGUUCCACGUGACCUGUGCCCAGGGCGCCGGGCUCCACAUGAAGAUCGACCCGGUGCGCGAGAACUCCGCCCACGGAACCAACGGAACCAACGGAACCCACGGAACCACCUUCUCCGUCAAGAAGACGGCGUUCUGCGAGACGCACUCUCCCCCCCCCACGGAGGACGACGGCGAGGACGAGGGCAAGAUGGGGGGGCUGGGGGGCAGCAGGGGGCAUCGGGGCCAGCGCGCCUACACUCUUGCCCCAGCAGCACCCCACAGCCAGCGCGGGGGCAACAAGGGGCAGAAACAGAAGGGCAGGAGGAGCGCGGAGGGGGGCAGGAGAUCAGCCGUACCUGUGCUGCUCGUACCUCAGAUCCCCUCCUACAGGCUGAGUAAGAUCUGUACAGGUGUGUGUGUGCAGAGGAAGACUCAGUUCAUGCAGCGUCUCCAUAACUACUGGCUGCUCAAACGCCACUCACGCCACGGAGUCCCCCUCAUCCGCCGCCUGCACACACACCUGCAGAACCAGCGCCCUGCUGACCAGAGAGAGCCGGAUGAGCGGCUGCAGGCUAUGCGUGAGGAGCUGAAGUAUUGGCAGAAGCUCAGACAGGAUCUGGAGAAGGCUCGUCUACUGGUGGAGCUCAUCCGCAAGAGAGAGAGACUCAAGAGAGAACAGAUGAAGGUCCAGCAGGCGGCACUAGAGCUGCAGCUGUGUCCGGGGCAGGUGCUACUGCGCUCCACUCUGGACCAGCUGCAGGAGAAGGACACGGCCGGCAUCUUCACCUCACCGGUCAGCCUGAAGGAGGUGCCGGACUACCUGGAGUUCGUGUCCGAGCCGAUGGACUUCAGCACGAUGCGGCGGAAGCUGGAGUCGCACGCGUACGGUUGCCUUGGCGACCUGGAGGCCGACUUCGCCCUGAUGGUGUCCAACUGCCUCCGCUAUAACGACGGCGACACCGUGUUCCAUCGCCACGCGCUCGCGCUCAGGGAGGGGGGCGGAGCCAUCAUACGACACGCCCAGCGACAGGCCGUCGCCACGGGGAUCGACCCCCACACGGGCAUGCACCUGCCAGACCCGCCCCCCCACAACACACACGCCAACACCUGCUGGGAGGAGGUGGACUCCCUGCUGGCGCUAGAGGGCCGUGGUCAGCUGAGUUCUGAGCAGCAGCUGCGUGCUCUGCUGGACAAGCUGGACGCCGUCAUGUCCAUGCGCACCAGUGGGGGGCGCUCUAGACGCAUACGGCUGCUGCGGCGGGAGGUCAACAGUCUCCGCCACAAGCUCAGCCACCGCCGCCGCCUCCCCCCCCCUCUCUGCACCUCCCCCCUGAAGGAGGAGGACGAGGAGGAGCCGGAGGAGCGGGAAGGAGACGCAGGGGGCGGGGCCAAGAACGAAGAGCCGUACGCCACCAUCACACCAGAGAACCACAACCCCAAGACUCCGCCCCCUAUCAUAGCCCCGCCCACCACGCCGUCAUGCCCCGCCUCCUCCCCCCUGCCUGGCGACGCUCCACCGCUAGCGCCUCCCCUGGGGCCGGAGAGCACGGGCACACACACACAGGGCACCCCCACGGGCACACACACACCGGGCACACACACACCUGGCACACACACACCUGGCACACCCACGGGCACACACACGCCUGGCACACACACACCGGGCACACACACACCCACGGGCACACACACACAGGGCACUCGGCUGGCCCGGGCGCGGGGGAGGGGGCGCAGGCGGGUAGAGGGGGCGGGCGACGUGGACACCCCCCAACCAGAGGUCGGGGAGACCCCAGACGUGCCCGCGGGGGGUGAGAACGGACUGCCCCCCCCGACUGUGCCAAGCGUCGCCACGGUGAUGGGGGUGGGGCGCCGCACGUCCGUGCUGUUUAAGAAGGCCAAGAACGGGGCGCGGCAGAAGAGGGCGGAGCCUGUGGGGCAGAAGAGGGCGGAGCCUGUGGGGCAGAAGAGGGCGGAGCCAGUGGGGCAGAAGAGGGCGGAGCCUGUGGGGCAGAAGAAGGCGGAGCCUGUGGGGCAGAAGAGGGCGGAGCCUGUGGGGCAGAAGAAGGCGGAGCCUGUGGGGCAGAAGAGGGCGGAGCCUGUGGGGCUGGUGAACGGGGGCGAGGCGCCGCUGCCCGACCGGACCGAACGCACCCCUGAUCGCCCUGAACGCGCCCCUGAUCGCCCUGAACGCGCCCCGUCAGAGCCCUUGCCCCCAGGCCCUUCCCCCUCCUCCCCGCGCCACCUCAGGUCCAGAGGGCCCAGCUCCGACUCCGACAGCCAGAACACACACACACACACACACACACACGCACCUGCCCCGGGCCCACACACACACACGCCAACCUUGGACACACACACACCCUCCUCAGACAGUGGCUUGACUAACGGUUGUAAGAAGCACAGAGACGACUCACCCGACUCCCUGGACAGUGGCACACACACCCAUGAAACCCCCAGCUCACCGCCUCCCAAACGCAGCCGAGGGAAGCCAGCCCUCUCCAAAGCUCCUGCAGCAGAUCUGGAGAACGGGGACAUGAGCACAGGUGAGAGCUCGCUAGCGCCACCUGAUGGAGAGGAGGAUGACCUGGCGCCCCUCCACCUGGUGUGGGCGAAGUGCCGAGGGUACCCCUCUUACCCUGCCAUGAUGGUGGACCCCGGCAUGCCGCGGGACGGGCUGCUCCAUAACGGCGUGCCCAUCCCAGUGCCGCCCAGAGAGGUGCUGAAACUGGGCGAGCAGCGCCAGGCCGAGUCCCAAGAGAAGCUCUUCCUCGUGCUCUUCUUCGACACCAAGAGGACCUGGCAGUGGCUAGCGCGGGACAAGCUGCACCGGCUGGGUGUGGACGCCGCGGUGGACAAGCUGCGUCUGGUGGAGGGCAAGAAGCCCAACGUGCGCAAGUCCGUCCACACGGCCUACAGCCGCGCCAUCACGCACCUCAGCCACGUGCGCGACUCCGCCCACUACAGCUACAUCUAGCCCCGCCCCCUACAGCUACAUCUAGCCCUGCCCCCUACAGCUACAUCUAGCCCCGCCCCCUACAGCUACAUCUAGCCCCGCCCACACGACCCCGCCCCCUACAGCUACAUCUAGCCCCGCCCACACGACCUACAGCUACAUCUAGCCACCCGCCACGGGGUCCCCAGGGUCCCGCCACCCUCCAUACUCACAGCUGCCACAACGCCACGGGGCCCUGACCGCCCGAGGGAGCAAAGCCACUAAUCCGCUGGUCAACUGUGUGUGUGCGUGUGCGCGUGCGUGUGUGUGUGUAGAAUCUCUGGUAGUGAGUGCAUCAGUGGAGCAUCUCUGACGACUAGAAGCCCACUUGCUGGGAGCAGUGUGUGUGUGUGUGUGUGUGUGUGUGUGUGUGUGAACUGCUGCCCCAAAAUUGCGUAUGUAGCAGCAGGGGUGUGUGUGUGUAGCCCAAGUCCAGUGUGUUUAGGUAGUGUGUUUGUGUUUGUGUGUGUGUGUGUGUGUGUGUGUGUGUGUGUGUGUGUGUGUGUGUGUGUGUCCAGUAUGUGUAGGCAGGGUGUGUGUUCUCUGCAUCUCCAGAAUGGUGUGUGUGUGCACAGCAUGCGUUCUCCUCCAGAAUGUAGGAACGCGGAGAUGGAGAGGUUCCAUGUUCCGUCCAGGCACUCAGAAGAAACACUGACCAAUGGCAGCCCACAUGAUGCGUGAGCACUGACCAAUGGCAGCGCACUUGACGUGUCAGCGCUGACCAAUGGCAGGCCACAUGACGCGUGAGGGGAACGAGUGAAUGGAAGAAUAAAUUGCUAAAUAAACAAGUAAAUAAGCUACAGGACCCAAACCACAGCUGAGACGGAGCGUCUUAAAGGCCAGAGAGACGUUCCGACGAUGGCGACACACCGGAUCUCUCCGGAACCACAGGGUAGAACAGUUCUGCCCUUUUGUGGAACAUUUGUUUUAAAAGACUUUGAAACGACCUGCCAUGGACCGACAGGUGUAUAUAUUUCCUUCUAAUUUAUGGGCAAGUGUCCCUGGAGCGUGCUUUAGAUUGUAUCUGUUCUUUACAUCCUGCAGCACUUGCCAUCUGUACAUGUUUGUCUUCACAUGUUAAACUAUUAUGUUUC